UUUGCUUUAGUUUUCAGAUAGUAAUAGCAAUAAAAAAUAGCAAACAAAAUGUACACAUCAAAAUUAAUUGUUUACAUGCUGUGUAUACUGAGUAGCGGCGUGGCCACCAGUGAGAUGCUGAUGAGCCAGCACAGUGGUGUCGUGGUUAGAAGAAAAGCGAGCAGCGUUGAGCUGCGGAACAGCAGCAGCAGCUCAACCAAAGCGACGACGGCGGCUGUGUUGCUGGUGGUGGAGGAGGAGGAGGAGGAGGAUGAUGAGAAUUUUCACUUUUUGGUAACCGGUGGCUAUCGACCCGAGGAUUACAAUGCGCUGGCCAAGUAUGUGGUCUCCAUACGCAUUGAUAGUCCAACGACCUUCCGUGGGGAUAAUCAUCGUUGCGGUGGCUGUUUAAUUACAAAGGACGUUGUUUUGACUGCCGCACAUUGUUUGCAUGACCGCUCCUCGAAGCUCAAGCCCAGGCGGGUUAAGGUGGUCGCCGGCUCGCCGCGCCGCUUGGCGUCAGCAAGAGAAGGUCAAGAACUGGUAGCCUCGAAGAUUAUACCGCAUCCGCAAUACUCCAAAGCGACGAUGGCGAAUGAUAUUGGGCUGAUCAGGCUGGCGCAUGAGUUUACAAUCGAUAGCAAAGUGGGCCUCAUACCCAGAAUGGAUCGGAGUCCAUCGCCGGGACUGGCCUGCACUGUAGUAGGUUGGGGCUCUGUUAUUCAGUAUGGCCCGCUGCCCGAUGAGCUGAUCAAUGCUAAUCUCACGGUGCUCUCGGAUCACACCUGCAUGAACAUCGAUGAUGGCUACCGGCCCGGCAUGAUUUGCGCCAACAAUCCGGAUGACUUUGAGGUCGACUCCUGCCAGGGCGACUCCGGUGGCCCCAUGUUCUGCAACGAUAAGGUCGUGGGCGUCGUUUCGUGGGGUCAGGGCUGUGGCACGCCCAACUCCGCGGGCUUCUACAGCGACGUGUAUUAUUUUAAAAGCUUCAUCGACGCAAAUGUGGCAAGUGCACAGCUAAUGCCGCGGCUCCAACUGCUGCUGCCACUGCUGUAUCUGUUGGCCAAAUAUCUUUGCUAGAGCAAUGGCCUAAUGUCCAAAAGUGCAACAAGUACGGCUCGCUCUGUGUGUUUCUCUGUAUGUGUGUGUGUGUGUGUGUGUGUGUGUGGCAUGCGGCGUGUGGCAUGCGGCUUUCAUGCUGCAACUGAUAAACCAAAAUUAAGUGAAGCCUACACACAUUUACUCGCUCCAUUGUGCAUCUGUUACAUAUGUUGCGUUUUCGCUUCGCACGAUUUAUCGUUACCUGGUUACUGUUUGUGACAGCAAUUAUCACAUGCCAACACACACACCAAUACACACGUACACACACACACACACACGCGUGCGUACUCAGUCAACAUUAUCCUUUGGCAAGGGCCAAGCCACCGCAUGUGCAUGUCGCUGAGUCGCGCUGAAAAAAAACAAACAAAUGGCAAAAACUAUGUCAAAAAUUAAAAUCAUAAUGCUUUAAUGUUUUCACUUGACUUUACAACUCGCGCACAGUGGGUCAAGCAAGCUAAG